GGCUGUGCGUCGCUCGUCGUCCCGCCCGUGCGCAACUUUGUGGUGCCCCCUCCCUCGGAGAACUACUGCGUCAAGUGCGCCGGCGUUCUGCCACUCGUGCUUGAGUCGUCCUCGCAGACGCGCGUUCGUGACGAUUGUGUGCGCGCUUCUUCGGCUGCCAUGCGCCUCCUGCCGGGUGGCUGACCCGCGCUGCGGCGAGAUCGUCCCGUGCGCGCCAGUUCCCGUUAGUUGUGUCCGGGAUUUGCGGGCGCGACCGCCGCCCACUGCUUUGGAUUAUUUUCGCGAUCUCGCGACUCGCCCGCCGUCAAAAUGAUGUCCCCGUUCAUGGACGGCUCUCCCUUCUUCUACUCCACUCCAGGCGCCGUGCUGAGCUCCUCGGGCCCGCCGCCCCAGCCGCCGCAGCACGGAGCCGCCGAUGGCUACCCGGACGCCCCAGACACCAAGGAGGGCAUCGAGGAACUGUGCCCCGUGUGUGGCGACAAGGUGUCCGGCUACCACUACGGUCUUCUCACGUGCGAAUCGUGCAAGGGCUUCUUCAAACGCACUGUGCAGAACAAAAAAGUUUACACAUGCGUGGCUGAUCGCAGCUGCCACAUUGACAAAUCGCAGCGCAAGCGAUGCCCCUUCUGUCGCUUCCAGAAGUGCCUCGACGUCGGCAUGAAACUCGAAGCGGUGCGAGCUGACCGCAUGAGGGGCGGCCGCAACAAGUUCGGCCCCAUGUACAAGCGUGACCGGGCCCGCAAGCUGCAGAUGCUGCGCCAGAAGCAGCUCGCCAUGUCGCAGUGCAGCUCGGGCGGCUCGGAGGCGUCGGGCGGCGGCGGACCGCUGAGCGUCGGCUCGGCCGCGGGAGUCCACUACUCGUUGCCGCCGUCGGCGUCCGUCUCGUCUCCGGGCCUCUACUCUCCAGAGCCCGGUGGGCCCAUCAAGCAGGAGAUACAGAUUCCCCAGUUGAGCUCUUCGACGAGCUCGCCCGACUCUUCGCCCUCGCCACUUGCGGGACUCGUGGGCCAGCCCAUGGCACUUGUGCCCCAGCCACAUCCGACACAGCAGCAGCACCAAGGGCAGCAGCAGCAGCAACAGGGUCCUCCGCCCGGUGGCCCGCCGUCAGCAGCCGCUCAGCAAGGUCACUACCCGACAGCGCCGACGGCGGCUCAGCCGGACAAGACGGCUCCUCCACAGGCGCCGCCAACGCCAGCCUGGCUGACGCAGGGCCCGUCUUCGCCGCCGAAGCCGUUCCCAACGGCGUACGAGCAGGGCCCUCUGGUGUCCCCCGACGACGCCAAGGUGCCGGUGCUGGUCCGCGAGUUCCAAAAGAACAUGCUGGACGACAAGGAGUGGCAGACGCAGCUCUUUGGGCUGCUCCAGAACCAGACGUACAACCAGUGUGAAGUUGACCUUUUCGAACUCAUGUGCAAGGUCAUCGACCAGUCCCUUUUUGCGCAAGUGGACUGGGCGCGCAGUACCAUCUUCUUCAAGGACCUUCGGGUGGAUGACCAAAUGAAGCUGCUGCAGCAGUCAUGGAGUGACAUGCUCAUCCUGGAUCAUGUGCACCAGCGGCUGCACAAUGGCUUGCCAGACGACACCACCCUACCCAAUGGCCAGAAGUUCUCGCUCGUGUCACUGGCACUGCUGGGGCUGCCUGCGUUGGCCGACCAGCUACAUGCGCUCACUGCUCGCCUGCAGGAGCUGCGCUUUGACCCCGUCGACUAUGUCUGCCUCAAGUUCCUGCUCCUGCUCAACCCAGACGUGCGGACUUUGAGCAACGUGCGACUGGUGCACGAAGCACAGGAACAGACCAAGCAGGUCCAUCUUGAGUACUGCCUCAGCAACUACCCUCAGAUCAGCGACAAAUUUGGCCAGCUCUACCAGAUGCUUCCGAGUCUGAAGCUGAUAAGCACACGCGGGGAGGAGUACCUCUUCUACAAGCACAUGAGCGGCAGUGCCCCGUCACAGACGCUCCUCAUGGAGAUGCUCCACGCCAAGAAGAAAUAGCAUCCGGCUCCUCCGCCCGCCCCCACGCCCCUCCGCCGGAAACGUCUCGACCGGAAGAACCCUGACCGGAACCUGGCCCGCUCCGCGUCCGUGUGAGAAACAGCGCGCGCCCCCUCCUCCUCCGCCUCUCGUCCUCUGCCCAUUUCGUACUACCCCGCCGAGGCUGCGUUCGGCCCAGGGAGCCGUGUGGCCGGGCCGGCCGUGGCUUCAAGCGGAGUGUGCGGAUGACAUUUUCUCUUGGGAUACAAACUGUAAAAGAGUGAGCACGAGAAAGAGGGGUCUGCCUUCUCUGUGCAGGCCCGGCGGUCAGCGGGGAGCACCCGUGUGAGAGCUCUAGCAUUAAGUAACAUGCUUGUCGUCUCGUGUACACAACACACAUGGAUGUGAUAGUGUGUGCUUGUGUGUGCAUCCAUAUGGGCGUGGAUGCCUAGCCGUGCAUGCAUGCCGAGUGAGUGCAGAUGUAUAGUAUAUAUAAGUAUAUAUACAUAUAUAUAUAUAUAUAGAUCCCACACGCACACACGUAUAUAUGUACCUAUGUACCAGUGUACGCAAAAGAAGAGAAAUAGAACAAUAUUGAGGUGUGAAAAGAACAUUUAGUGCCACCCGACACAUUUGGCUGGCUGGCCAAGUGUGUCGUGUGAGCCACAAAUUCUGUGUGGAGGUGUCACGAGCUCUACAACUCAACAGGGACUCUGCGCAACGUUACGGAGCUUGUGUGGGUGGCGAUAUCUUAAUAAGAGAGGUUUUCUCUGAGCAUCUUUCCAUUCUUUAGUCUUUUUCUUGCCUUGUCCCUGUCAUAUUGCUUUCGCUUCCAACUUCCCUUUCUUUUGGAUGUGAUGGUGUGCAUGCUGUUUUUGCGUGAGUGCAUCUAUUUACAAGUUGCAUUGGCAUCAGGCUAGACGAGUGAGUGAGAAAGGACUUUUCUCUUUCCCCUUACGAGUUUGGACAGACUCAGGGAAAAGAAAUUUGUGUGAGAGAGAACAAAGGGGGAGACUGUUGGUCCACCCAACUUGACACCCUUUGUUUCUUGCAUGGGUGACUGUUGCAUGCUUUUCCCUCAUUUUUAACUUGUUAUUCACAGCAGCGUAUGCCAGAUUUCUCUAAAGUGUCUUUUAUAACUGUAUUCUUCACUCAUUGCUUACUUUCAUGUUUUUUCCAUCGAGUGUCCCUCCGUCUAAUUCACUGUGCUGGGCACCCCACUCUGUCAUGUCUUUCCUUACUGCUGCUAUUAUCACCUCAUCUCGUGAACAUUUUUCACCUCGCAGAAGAAUCGAAUUUCCCAGCCCGCUUACUUGUGCAUUAAGCCAUGCCAUCCGUUAUCGCCGGAGCCGAGCAUCUGUGUCAUCCUUUGUUUUUUAUUGUUAAUGUUUGAUCGCUGCACAGAAUGUGACUUGGAAAGGUUGUGAAAGGCUCCAUCGUUGUUGUUCUUUUUUUUUUCUUACGGAGCAGGAGAUGCCCUCGGCACUAUUUGCUUUUGAAUGAAAUAAUAAUAAGCAUAGUAGUGGCCAACUGAGGAAUAUGCAAAUGCUCAUUACAUGCCUGACUGUGAAGAGUGAAUAGUGGGCCUGGUCUUAGCAACUAACCUAAUGAAGCUGCGUCUCGAGUGUAUCAAGUUCACUCUUCCAUUAGCUUGCUUGAUUACUUUUAUUUUAUGAUGCACAUUUGAGUAGAAAACGACCACUUUUUUUUUCCACUGAUGAUUAUUAUGACAAAAUGUUUUACAAAAAAAAAUUCGCUGUUCAACUGUAAUUUUUUUUAUCACUUCGUAUAUUGCUAUGGGAGCACCUCUAGUUGUGUAGAAGUGCAUAUAAUUCUAUUAUGUUAAGGCAAAAUAUUUUGCCACGUUUGAAAAUCAAGAAAAGUCUUUUAAGUAAGAAGCAUGAAUUUAUUUCUUCAGGGAAAAUUUCUGGUUAAAAAUGAGCAUAUUUUGUUACUGACAACUUUCAACAGCUCAGGCUCACUCACUUCAACAGCAAAGCUGACAUUAGUCAGCCUAAUGCAGGCAGAAUGUUGCAUCUUUUAAUAAUUUUCUUUUAUUUAGUAUGGCUUGCAGAGGGCUUUUCUCUUGUGAAGUUUGUGCACAGUACAUUUCCUUUUUCUAAGGCAGAUGUUGCAUAGUAUACACUUUAUUAUUUAUAGUGCUAGUAGAUAUUUUACUCCCUGUAUUUUUUAGAUAUUUAGUUUUUAUAGAAGUUCAGAAGCAUUAGCAUGAUUGCAUGUCUUUCUAUGAGGCUUAGACAUUGUCAGCAUCUAGUUUUAAUCUUUAAAAAAUUUAAUAAAAGAAGUUGAGGUUCAUGUGCUUUUCUCAACUUUUUAUGCCCCUCAGAAUAUUCUAUAUGAGUGCCGAGGCAUCAAUGAGUGAAGUUAUGGUUUGCGUGCUGGUGACUGCCAAGUUGCAGGUGACUGUUAGGCUUGCUUGUGGCAUAUGUUGCCUCCUUCAUGUUAGAAUGUACUUUCACGGCCAUUUGUGAAAGCUAUAUACUUACAUAGCCAAUAUGUGUAGGACGGACUGGGUGCAGCAACAAAGCAUGUCCAACGCAGCUCAAUGUGUUUUAGUUUUUUUUAAAGCUUAUUCUUUGUUGAUGACCCUUGUGGUCAGUGUGUACAUAGACCACUGUCUUUAUCACAGAUGUUUUUAUCUUGAUAGCAGAGUACAGAUGCAUACAUCAUUUUAUUUUUUUUUCCUUUAUGGCGCGAGUUCCUUCAGUGUACGAUUUUUUCUUUUAACAUUAUUUUCGUCAACGAAUAUGUGUGCAUGAAUGUCCCGAUUGAGAGCAUGUAAAAUUAUCAUGACCUUUAUUUUUUUUUUGCCCAUUUGAUGUAUGAGGAAUUAUAUUUAUAUUGUGUAAUUCCUGUGCAAUACUUUUUUUUUCAUAAACUUUUAAAACUGAUUUUGUGAAGGCUUGGUAUUGGAAACCCCUCAUGUGGCAGGAUUAUCAGCUUGAUUUAAUUUGGAUGAUGGAUGUUGGAAAUACAACAGUAGAGAGGCUGUGUUUUCGGUUGACAUCAUGCUUUUUGUGUUUUUUCGCACACAGUACAGGUUUGCUCGUGAUAUAGCGUUCCACAGCCAGAAGCAAGCGCACAGAUCAUGUUGGUUCAGAUCAUUGUAUUUAAGAGAUGUUCAUCAAGCGCUUCCGUGUUAUAGUGUACUUCGCAACUGGAAGCUUGCUUUGGCAGCUUUGAACUAUUGUGAAGUCCCUACUAAACAAAAAUCUAGAAGGGGCCAUUAAGCCCAUUUGUUGCAGCACAACCAAUUUGUAUAAAAUGCAGCCUCCAUUAAAUAA